AUGGAUACUGAACAGAAACUGAAAACACUAACUGAUCUGUAUAGAGAGUGUGAAUACGACGUUCUCUUGGAGCUUUUAGUUUCAUGCGAUGGUUCCGUUGAAAAAGUCAAGUCUAUUUUAGGCUCACCUGUUCAGGAAGGUGGCAAAUAUGAGUUAGGUAGCGUAAAACAUGGGGUUCGAAGUAGAUAUUUUCCCAUGAAAAAUACGGUCAGAGUUACCGGUGCAAAGACGAGUAAUACAACUGAAAUUGGUAAUUUGAAAGCUAGAGAAACUAACACAAAGAAUCAUACAACCUCUGGAACAGUAUCCAGUGUCCAGGCAUAUUUUCAGAAAGCAACACCAAAACCAACGACUCUUCACAAACGGCCUAACCCAACUUCUAUAUCUUCAAUCAUACAAUCAAGGACAAAGAGAGAAGUGGAUUACUUGGAAGAGAUUAGGGAACCGCCAAGAAAAGCGUUGAAACCUUUAUCCACUGGAAAAACCAUUACAUUAUAUUCCAAAGAACAGGUUGAAGAGAUUUUGCCUAACAUUAGAAUAUUCUCUAAUUUUCUACCUCAAGACCUAUCAGAACAAGUUGUUGACCUACUGCAGAGCCAGAGAAUGCUUUUCCGUUCUAAGGAAUUCUAUAUCGCAGGUAGAUUAUGUACGUCAUCACAAAACUCAUUGGUCUAUACGGACAAUGACGAUAUUGAUUAUGAUCCGGUGUAUUCGACAAAAAAUAUCAAAAGCGUCAAGGUUGCGCCUGCAAUCAGAAGGUCACAGGCAUAUGUUAAUGAGAAGGUUAACAAGGUUUUGAAAGAGAUUUAUGCCGAUGAUGAGAAUGCACCUGACUAUAUGAUAAAAGAAAACUGGACUAGUAACUUUUGCGUUGCUAACUACUACCCUAAUAAUAAAUCACACUUAGAUAUGCAUACUGAUAAAUUGACAAAUAUUGGCCCCCUACCCACAAUUGCAUCACUGACCUUUGGUGCUACAAGAUUAUUCAGGUUGAAGAGAAGUAACCCCUCCACCUCGACGAUUUACCAAAUUCCGAUUCACAAUAAUACCUUACUGAUUAUGUUACCUUCGACGCAGGAACUCUACAAGCAUGGUAUUCCUACAUUGUCGGACUCGUUAAUUAAAAAGGAUAAAGUACUAGGAACAGCGAGAUUCAACUUGACAUUUCGAAUGGCUUAUCCAGAGCUGCAGAAGCAGCAUGUAUUAUGUGAUAAAUGUAAAAGAAGAAUGAUCCUUCGAAGGUUAUACAAGGGUGAAGACAUUGGAUAUUAUAUAUGGAUGUGCAUGUCUUCAUUUAAAGGACAUUCAUGCAAUGGAUUCAAGUAUGCCAACUUCAGCAGGAGGGAUGGAGUUUUGCGGCUCUCCACUAUGCAUAAAAAUGAAGCCACAAGAUGGUUGGAUGAAUACGAGAGAAAGGAUAUCAACGCUUCAACUUAA